AGUGAAAGAGAAAUGUUUCUUGAUUUUCGGACUGAUGCUCAUACCCUCCCCCAUUGUUUGUGGCUACGCCGCAUCCGCUCAUCUUCAAACAAUAUUCAUAGACUGAUAUUUCGAAGAACAACGCACUCUGAUUCUUUGCACUCACUCUUUAUUUGUUCGAAAAAGGAGAAUACUUCAGGUUUGAAGCCAUGAAAUUGGCUUCUAUAGUCCACCAUAGCAGUACCCAAGCUCCACCUUCAGGCUUCACCUAUGCCUCCCUCAGGAAUUCCCCAAUCUACCCGUUUGAUGCGAACCCAAGACGGGUUCGGAUUCGGUUGGCUCCACUUCACUCUCCACCACCAUGUUCAGCUGGGUGUAGUUUUGGGCGAAGGCAUAGUUUUGCGAUUGUGUGUUCAAGAAAAACCGAACAAGGAGAACAAUCGUCUACUUCAGAGAAGGAGAAGUCACGUACUCAAUCGCAUAAGAGCAUUAACGAUAUUGAUAGCUCUUGCAGUACUGACAGGUCUGAAAAUUACGUAUCUUCGGUUAGGAUUGUUGCCCUAUGUGUGCUGUCAGCAGUAGCAUUUGGUGUUGGUUUGGGUUUCAAGGAUGGGAUCGAAAAGGCAUCUGAGUUUUUUGCCGGGUAUAUACUAGAGCAGAGCUUGUCGGUGGACAAUUUGUUCGUCUUUGUUUUGAUAUUCAAGUACUUUAAAGUGCCCCUCGCGUAUCAGAAUCGGGUGCUUUCAUAUGGAAUUGCUGGAGCAAUAAUCUUCCGAUUGUCUAUCAUACUGCUCGGGACAGCAACUCUUCAGAGGUUCGAGGCAGUUAACCUACUAUUGGCAGCGCUACUCCUUUACUCAUCAUUCAAGCUGUUUGCCCAAGAAGAUGGAGAUACUGAUCUUUCUGACAACUUCAUAGUAAAGACUUGCCAGAGAUUCAUUCCUGUAACCUCCGAGUAUGAUGGCAAUAGAUUCAUAACAGUUCAGGAUGGCAUUCGGAAAGCUACACCUUUACUCCUCACAGUAGCCGUAAUUGAACUCAGUGAUAUUGCAUUCGCUGUUGAUUCUAUACCGGCCGUUUUUGGUGUUACAAGAGAUCCUUUCAUUGUUUUCAGUUCUAAUAUCUUCGCCAUUUUAGGUUUACGGUCAUUAUACACGCUCGUUUCCGAGAGUAUGGCAGAGUUGGAGUAUUUACAGCCUGCAAUUGCUGUUGUUCUGGGCUUUAUCGGGUGUAAGAUGAUCCUGGAUUUCUUCGGCUUCCACGUCACCACCGAGGUGUCCCUUGCCGUCGUGGCUACCUGUCUUGGAGCUGGCGUGUUGUUGAGUCUUGCCAAGAAGUCCGACUAGAGGUACAUUACAUCUGGCGAUCCAAAAGGCGGCUGCCUCCCAUCAUCACUUUUGCCUUUUUUUUUUGCCAAAUUUUAUUGUCAAGAAUGUGAAAUACCCAUUUUCUUCAACUUGUGACCUUGUGUGGUGAUUUGAUAGUUCAAUAAUCAUAAUUGAUGAAUUGGAAACUUGUCAGAUAGUAUCAAUGUUGAAAGUUGAAUUGAUAACUAA